GGAGCCAAGCAGUGGCACUGGGAGACAUGCCACAUUCAAGACGCUUCCUGAGGGCUUCAUCACUGCAGUGGUGAGCUUGGCCCUAGCUGAGCUACAAGCGCCUUGACAGCAGUAGCUGCUGCUGGGUUGCUCCAGGUCCAGCCUCCCCACCACAGCAGCAGGGAGGAGAACAAACCUUGACCCCUCUCAGUGAGUAGGAUAGGUGAGGAGGAUGGGGCGACUCACCAGUGACAUCACAAGAGGAGCUGCUGUUGUUCCCUCAAUGAGCAAUCCCAAGUCAACCUGUUCACCACUUCAAAUUACCAUUGCUGUAGUCCUGAUGUUGAUAUCCGCAAUUGCAGUGACCCUACUUGUUCUCUACAUCCUCCCUAGUAGUAAUGGGAGCAGUGGUGAUGGCUACUUAAUUGGUGUUGGUCGAGCAGACUGCACUGGCCCUGUAGCUGAACUACCUCUUAUGGGCUAUGCAAGUCAUGACCAGAAUGGGGCUGGCAUUCUCUCUCGACUAUACUGUAGAGCAUUCAUCACUGCAGAGCCCGACAAUGACACCAAACGAGUCGUGUUUAUUUCUGCUGAGAUAGGAAUGAUAUCUCAAAGGGUUAGGCUUGAGGUGAUAAAACAGCUGAAAAGUAGAUAUGGCGAUCUCUACAGGCCCGACAAUGUUAUUCUAAGUGGAACACAUACCCAUUCUGGACCUGGAGGCUAUUUUCAAAACACAAUCUUUCUCAUCACAGGCAAGGGGCUCAUUAGGCCCUCUCUUAAUGCCAUUGUUAAUGGGAUCCUAGAGAGCAUUGAGAUGGCUCAUCACAAUAUGAAAAAAGGCCGAAUUUUUAUCAACAAAGGGUUGUUAGAGAAUAGUCAAAUCAACAGAAGCCCCUUUUCUUACCUUCGUAAUCCAGCAUCUGAAAGACUCAGAUAUCCAUCAAACACAGACAAAGAAAUGGUAGUUCUGAAGAUGGUUGCUGACAAUGGCCAAGAAAUGGGAAUGUUAAGCUGGUUUGCCAUUCACCCAGUCAGUAUGAACAACACCAACAAUCUUACAAACAGUGACAACGUGGGUUAUGCAGCGUAUCUCUUUGAAAAAGAGAAGAAUGAAGGAUACUUGACAGGAAAGGGACCGUACGUCGCAGCAAUUGCAUCCGCUAACCUGGGAGACGUAUCUCCAAAUAUAAAGGGCCCUCACUGCAUAAACACAGGGGAGUCAUGUGAAAACCUUCACAAUUAUUGCUCAGUAGGCGGGGCCAAGAUGUGUAUAGCUUUUGGUCCUGGCAAGGAUAUGUUAGAAAGCACCAAAAUAAUUGGGGGGAGAAUCUACUUGAAAGCAAAGGAACUAUAUAUGGCAGCCUCUGAAGAGAUAAAUGGUCCCAUCAGUUCAGCUCACCAGUGGGUGGACAUGAGUAACAUUACUGUACAACUCAAUGCUACUCAUACGGGUAAAACAUGUAAAGCAGCCUUGGGGUACAGCUUUGCUGCAGGUACCAUGGAUGGACCAGGAGUGUUCAAUUUCACCCAAGGUGCAGUAGAAGGUAAUACGUUUUGGGACUCAGUCCGUGAUGGCUUCCUUACUGAGCCAUCCAAUGAAACAGAAGAAUGCCAAAGACCUAAGCCAAUCCUUCUUCCUACAGGAGAGCUUUCAAAACCUUACCCUUGGCAUCCAAAAAUUAUUGAUAUCCAAAUAGUUAUCAUUGGAUCUGCAGCAAUAUUGGCUCUUCCAGGAGAGUUUACGACAAUGUCUGGGCGGAGAAUACGUGAAGCUGUUAAAAGUGAAUUUGAAAGUCAUGGGAAACAAGGAAUGAAUAUUUUAACUUCAGGUCUUUGCAACGUUUAUACCCAUUACAUAACUACGUAUGAAGAAUAUCAGAUUCAAAGAUAUGAGGGAGCCUCCACCAUUUUUGGGCCACACACUCUUUCGGCUUAUAUCCAGUCAUUCCGACAUCUUGCCAAGGCUCUUGCUACGGAUACUACUCAGGACUUGCCAAACAAUCCAGAGCCACUCCUGUUAAAUAUAACAAGCCUGAACUUUCUGCCUCUUAUUUUGGACACAAAGCCAGUGGGUCGUAGUUACGGAGAUGUGGUACAAGAUGUCCGCCCAAAAUAUCGAGUGGGAGAGGUUGCUAAUGCGCAUUUUAUCGGCGCAAAUCCAAGGAAUUCUGCACAAAAUAUGAGGACUUUCACUUUCCUUACGGUAGAGAAAUUCGACAAUGCUUCCAAAAGCUGGCAAGUGGUGGAUGAUGAUGCCUCAUGGGAUACCAAGUUCAUCUGGCAGAAAGGCAAAUUGGGACAUAGCACAGCUAUAGUAGAAUGGCACAUUCCAACCAACACUGAAUUAGGAAACUACAGACUACAAUAUUUUGGUCACAACAAAGAAUUCCUGAGUUCCGUGAUCCAUGCAUUCAAUGGCUCGUCUUCAAUAUUUGAAGUUUCAAAUUAAAAUGUGAAAGUUAAA